AGUACUCGCCUUGGGAUUGCCUCCUGUCAAACACCUCCACUGUUCCAUGUAGCGUACCAUACAUACCGCAGAAGCUCCUCCCUCUCCUCAAUCCGCGGCUGCUUCUUCUGUUGGCGGUUGGAUCGAUUUAGCUUGAGUUCACGCGUAUUACCUUCACACCAUCGGCAGUGAGUUACCGGUUUCUCGCGAAAAACGUUCUGUCAGGUCGGCUUGACGGGAGCGGUGGGCUUGACGCCGUCAAGGAAGCGGGUGUGACGGAAGCGGCGGGUUCGACGGAAGCCAUGUCAUCAUGAAGGCUCCAGGUUCCAAGUCUGCUGGGCGGUCGAUCCGCCAGCAGAAGCGGCGACGCGUGCCGUUGUCUACCAUCGCUAUAGUCACAACCUGCGUCGCGCUUUUCUUUGUCUCCAUCCUUUUCCGCCGAACGGUUUCCCGCGCCGCUGCAGCCGCGACCGCCGGUGCUAGUAUCGACAGCCUCGAUAGCAGAAGUAACGGGUUAGCCUCGGAAGUAGCGGACAUAAGCCGGCGGAUUCAGUUAACGUCACCGUCAACGUCAUCUUCCUUGUCGGGUUCCUCCUCUGCCUCUUCUUUCCUCAGAGGCACAACUGGUCAAGCUAAUGUCGCAGGAACUUCAGGGGUCGCCGGCCAAUCAGGCGAUUCGCAAGGGGAUUCCAGCGACGCUGGCCAGCGAAGCGCGAUCGUCGCUGGGCCGCGACGGGUGGUUGGAUCCGGCGACGAGGAUGUGAAUCAAAAUGCCGAUCUAGGAGAAACCGGUUUAGGCGGAAAUGGCGGGAAGCCGGGGGAAGGGAACAAACUGCAUAACGAGGAUGCCAAUAACGAAGCCUCUAACUGGGCGACACUCUUUGAGGAAAAACCUCUUAGUUCAGGCAGCAAGGGCAACGUCGCUUUAGCAGCGGCUGCAGCCGCGGCUGCUGCGGACGACGAUGACGAUGCUGACGUGGAUGCGGACGGCGCGGAGCACGAGAGCGCGACCCCCGCGAAGCUUCCUGUCCGUUUCCUCCCGCUCACGCACGAUAUGGGCGAUGAGGAGCUCUUCUGGCGCGCCUCCAUGGUCCCCCUGCGCCGCCGCAGGCGCGCGCGCGGAACUGGUGCGGGGGGGGGAGGCGGAGGCGGAAGCGGGGGAGCGGAAGUGGAGGGAGGGGGAAGCGGAGGCGUGGGUGGCGGCGGAAGGCGCAGUUUAGGGCCUGCGAAAGUGGCGCUACUGUUUAACAGCGCGGGGAAGAUGCCGUUUGCCCCGCUAUGGGCGAGAUGGUUGGAGGGGCACGAGGACAGGGUGUCAGUAUACGUGCUAACUGACGAAGCGAAAAUAGAUAAGUCGUUGUUGCCCCCUAUUUUCCGGGGUAGGUUCGUGCCGGAUAGGUCUCCUGACGAGUCAGCUUCUAUUGCGUCUAAGACCGUACACAUGAGCACAGUGGAUGGCAUGCGUCGUCUGCUAGCGAACGCGCUUUUGGACUUUUCUAACGAGCGGUUUGUGACUGUAUGCGAGCUCUGCAUCCCUAUUCAUAACUUCACAUUCGUUUAUUCCUACCUCCUCUCUCCACAUCACUCCUCUUCCUCCUCCUCCCACUCCUCUUCCUCCUCGUUUCAAUCCGGAUCGCUGACGUCCUCCUCCGCGUUACAUCUCCCCGGUACGGUUUCAUCUGCGCCGCGUAGUUACAUCCCGUCGAACGACGUGUCAGGGGAGGGCGGGAAGGACCGUUUCAACCCCAACUGCUUUGAGCCGAUGCUGAGCGUCGAGCAGUGGCGCAAGGGAGGGCCGUGGAUCGGACUCACAAGACGGCUAGCGGUGCAGGUGAUAUCAGACACCAAGUUUUACGACAAGUUUGCGGCCUGCUGUGUGCCCGUGCGCGGGGUCUUCCCCGCCUGCUUCCCCUCGGAGCACUACCUCCCCUCCAUUGUGCCCGUCCUAGUCGACCUCCCCCCUGUGGGGGACUUUGGCCCCUUUCCCAACUCGGGGCAUGCUUAUGUUUACAAUGCCACUGAGCUCACCCCGGACCUCAUCACUCUCAUGCGCCACUGCCACUUCGGCAAUCUCUGCCAUCUGUUUGCCGGCCACUUCCACCCCUCUGCCCUCUCCCGCAUGCUCUCUCUCGGGCCCAAGCUCAGCCUGUGGGAGGCCAGGAGUGGAGACAUGUGAUAGUGAAAAGAGGGGAGACAGACGAUGAGUCUAGGAAGCGGAGCAGAUGAUAGUAUAAGGAGGGGGGCACCUUACCUCUGCCCUCUCCCGCAUGCUCUCUCUCGGGCUCAAGCUCAGCCUGUGGGAGGCCAGGAGUGGAGACAUGUGACAGGGAGAGGAGGAGGGAAGACAUGUGACA